UCUAAUCUUAUCUUGGCGCGACAUCUACGAUUUUUUUGAGAUUUAUUCACUGAAAGAUUCCACAUGACGAGUGCUCACGACAUAUAUUUCGAUAAGUCGAAGGGGACCUUCAUCUUGAGCCAUUGACAGCCUCUCUAGCUGGAAUGUGGAUUCUCUGAUAUCGCUCCAAAGAUCGUGGCAAACAAAGUCUCAGAAGCCAUAAGUAUUACAUCAACGCACCAACCAAUACCUGCACACAUACACAGCAUAGCCAGGCGUCGAGAUGGCGGAGCUGGACUCACUGAUUGAUUCCAUGAUCAGCCAGCGCAAGGCUGGAGAGGUCAACUACAUCGACGACAAGUAUGCCGACACCAUCAAGGUCGAGUCAAUCCCUUCAAAGGGCCAAGGAGUAUUUGCGCAAAGAUCUCUGUCGGUUAAAGACGCACUUUGUUCACUGAAUGUCCCGACUACGAUGGCGAUCGAUGCAGAAUACCUCUCGACGACAUGCUAUCACUGCCUCAUUGUCACAUCAACUCAACUGCCCCUCGCACAGGCCGGGACGGCAUCAGCGUCACUCAAGGACUGUGGAGGUUGUCGCAAAGCUCGGUUUUGCAGCAGGGAAUGCCAGGUGGAAGCGUGGCACGCCUAUCACAAAUUCGAGUGUAAAAUCUUCAAGAAAGUGGCAGACGACUUGCCACCUCCCAUCCUCAGAGCGGUUCUGCGGGUUGUUCUGCUUAAAGACCGGAAUAAAAUACCGGAGGACGAGUGGACCCGCAUAAGUUCAUUGACCUCUCAUGAACACAUUCUCGCCGGACGAGGUAGGUCCAACAUUACCGACAUGGCCGAAGGCAUCAAACAUCUCGCCGAAUCCAGCAUGACCGUCGAGAUGAUACAGAGACUCAUCUUCAUCAUGAGGUCGAACACCAUCGAACUCCCUACCCCCAUCCACGGCCCCAUGGGCGUCAUGCUGGAACCUCUCGUGGCCAAAUUCAAUCACAGCUGCGAACCGAACUUGGCCAUCCACAGACCCCAAUAUACGAUGAAGAGCAGGUGGAUGAAGUCCGAGCAGCUCUCCGAGGACGAAAGACAGACCUUCUUCCAACUCAUACCACUGAGGGAUAUCCAGCAGGGCGAGGAGCUUUGUAUUAGCUACGUCGUCCCCACGGUCUCGGUGAGUGCCCGGAGGAAGAAGCUCAUGGACGAUUACCUCUUCGAGUGCAACUGUCCUAGAUGCAAAUCGGACAUGGAAGCUUCCGCGGAACUGUCCAAAGAACACCCCAACCUACCAGGUCAAUUUGAACAGUGGGUCAAAGACGUGGGCCGACACUUGGGACGAGUGAGCAAGGAUCCCUCUUCCCUACAAAAGGCUGGGGGCGUCAUGGCCAAGUCGGAUCGGUUCUACGACUACCCCACGAUCUACACGACUGGCGACUAUCCCGAGAUCGCAAUGACGAUCAUCUUUGAAGCUCUGAAGAGUCAGGAAUUUGACGAAGCUCUCGUCAACAUCCUCCGCAUAUACUUUUUGAUCAACCCGGCGAGACUGGUUGGCCGCCACAACCCGACAAAUCUCUACACGAUUUUCCUCAUGCUGGACAUCUUCGAUGCGGUUUUGGGGAUCAAGGUACCAACCGGCGCCAACGAUGACAAGGUGAACAAGUGGCAGCAAAGUCUCUCGGAGCGAGGGUUGACCGAGAGCGGAUUGAUUUAUUGGCGCGAGAAAGUCUGUGCGGAUCUACGACGGAGACUUGAAUCAAGCGCGGCAAAGGAUCUGCUGGUCCUGGUUGACGAACGGGAUAUGCAGGCCAAACAAGUCUCUCAGACUCAGGGCCACGGUGAUGAGAAGAAAGAAGGACCCGAGAGUGCCGAAGAGGAAAUGAGAGCAUUACUGAGAAUAAAAGAGCAGAAAUGGUCCCAGGUGAUGCGACAGAAUGGAUGCUAGGGAGUGACUUUUCUUCCCUCACUUCGAAAAGAGUUGA